UGGGUCAGGUGUUAUAACCGUGUCUUUGAGCAGCUUGAAAUUGAAAGUUGAAAGGUUCCAUCAAAAUCAGCAAAAUUUAGAGUAACUUUGAACAUACUCUUCUUGUUCUUCUUCUCCUGAGCUGGUAUUUUGCUCACCAUAUUCAUUUCUUGCCUUAGAUAAAGAGAGAGAGGGGUCUGUAUUGCACAAGUAAGAAAAUUAGAAAAAGAAAAAGAUAUUGAAAGAUAAGAUGUAAAGGAAGACACUUUUUGGAAGUGAGAGUCUGUGGUGACAAUCCAUUAUCUCAAAUUGGGCAUUAAAAAUAUGGGAAAAGCAAAAUCAUUUAAGAGCAAAGCAGUUCAUUUUGUGUCUGAUCUCACCACUGUCUUUCUUAAUCCCAUCUCUGACAAACCCUCCUCUAAGCCUCCUCCUCAUGCUCAUCAUCCUCCCACUGUAGACCUGAAUGAGUCAAUAAAGAAUCAACAUGAGUCAAUUUCUGAAGAGGAUACUGGAGAUUUAGUUGAUGGGCCAGAUACUUCUUCCUUUACUGCAUUUCUGUAUUCUCUAUUGUCAUCUUCGGAGUCUGGAGAUAACUCAAAUGCAGAUGAGAAAAAUGAUAAUAUAGCAGAAAUGGUUAACCAGUUAUCUGACAAUGUAAGGAAAGAGAGUGGCACAAGAAAGGGCUUACUUUCUAGGGGUAAGCAGUCUCUUAAAGCUAUUUACCAUGCUACUAGAAUUGGUGGAUAUCGGGGUCAAGAGCGUAAGGGCAAUUCCGACAUGAUUAUUGCUGAUGAGAGUGAUGAUAAUUUUUAUGGAUUGGAGAUGAAGAAUAUGCAACCUGUGAAAGAGCCUGUUGAGUUGGGAGAUCUUCCUGACAUGUCCGAGCCUUCAUUGCUUCUUUCAGAGAAAGCAAGAAGUGUCCUUUAUGCUUCACUUCCUGCACUUGUUCAUGGGAGGAAGUGGUUGAUGCUUUACAGUACAUGGCGGCAUGGAAUAUCACUUUCAACUUUAUAUAGAAGAAGCAUGCUUUGGCCUGGACUAAGUCUACUGGUUGUUGGAGACAGAAAAGGUGCAGUUUUUGGUGGCCUGGUUGAGGCACCCCUAAGACCAACGAACAAGAGAAAAUAUCAGGGAACAAACAGCACCUUUGUUUUCACUAAUACGCCUGGCGAUCCUGUGAUAUUCCGACCAACAGGUGCAAAUCGCUAUUUCACUUUGUGCACAACAGACUUCCUAGCAAUUGGUGGGGGUGGCCACUUUGCACUCUACUUGGACGGUGAUCUAUUAAAUGGAUCAAGCUCGGUAUCAGAAACCUAUGGGAACCCUUGUCUUGCACGCUCCGAAGACUUUGAAGUUAAAGAAGUUGAGUUGUGGGGCUUUGUGUAUGGUACGAAGUAUGAGGAGAUACUUGCUUUGAGCAGAACAGAGGCUCCUGGGAUUUGCCGGUGGUAAAUAUUGAUACAAAGAGUAGAUCUUUCGUUAUGAGUGUCAAGUGUCAAGUUUUGUACAUAGACCCUGUAUAUAAAGAGUGUUUACCUUAAUACCUGAAAAUUUUUGGGAUAUAACUUGGAUACUGACCCUGAAGCACUAAUAAUAUUAAGCACAAAGAUAUGUUCGAGACUUGUAAUGUCAUAUUCGAGGAUUCAAUAUUCAGACAAGUUUUUCAUUUGA